AUGGAGCACCAAUUCCUCAGUGCUGAGAAGACUUCCACUACUGCUUUUUAUCGAGAUGCGAGAUUUGAGGCCUUUGAUGGAGGUCAAAUGACGGCUAGCUCGAUGGUUUUCGAUGAGUUCCGAGGACCUAAGUUCGGCCAAAAGCUUGCGAUCAUCCGUGCCCCAGGAAUAGGGGUAUGA